AGAGAGUUGAAAGGGGCCAGGGCGUCGUUGCUUCUAAAUCUUUCUCCGACAGGCACGAGGUUCCGAAAGCUGAACGGAAUGAAUUUAUUGCAAAAGUAAUAGGAAGCAAGACGUGCAUAAGGCGCCGAGGGGCGGGGCAGGCUCGCAGAUAGAGUGGGGGUGCUGCAGAUUGAGCUUUGCUCUCAACCAACUCUGUUAAGUGCCCUAUCACCAGCUUUUGUCUGCUUAAACACCACUAAUUAGAAGCCUGGUCACUCGCGGUGUCUCCCUCUGUGCCCCAGAAUGAGCGCCGCGCUGAGGUGCACCACCGGGCACGCUGCCCUGGGUGCAACAUCCCAUUGUAAUUUUUCCAGUGGACCUUCAAGUUUACAACACCCACAAGUUGUGCAAGGGUGUCAGCCCUCUGCAUAUGCGCAUGCAAGUGCGUCACAGCGGCUUUUGGGGACAGCAUCAAGGCAAGAAGCACUUCAACGACGGCCCGAGUGCCUCGGGUCUGCAUUCGUGCCAGACAGCUCGUUGCUGAGCACCGGCGUGGACAUACUGACGUUUCUGGACAAUGCCGCUAGUAGCAAGAAGCAGCAUUGUUCAGGAACUAGAGCGGCUGCCGAUGGGGCCGGUGGCGCGCGGCGCACGAGGACUUCCAGCAACAGGGCGUCCUCUCGUCAGACAGUUGCCGGGACUAGGAAGGCAUCUCGCGGGGCGGAGCCUGAGUCAGCACCUGGGAAUGCCACUCUACUCCUGAGUGCAGGGAUACUCGCAGGCGGCAUCAUUUACCUCUUGCAGUCCGGAAGGCUAGGAAUCUCCAUCCCCAAGUUUGAGUUCAAGAAGCCCGGGUUUCUUGAGGGGAUGGAGUUGCCAGAGGCCUCGCCGGAACAGAAAGCAAAGCAGGCAAGGGGGGAGGCGAGCAAGAGACUGAAUCUGAUGAUGGGUGAGAUGCGAGCGGUCAAAACGGUGGAUUUCAGCGGGCGCAACUUGGGGGACGAGGGCAUCACCUCCCUGUCGACCGGGAUUGCAUUCAACGCAACCGCAAAGGAGUUCAACCUUUCGUCCAACCAGAUCACGGCAGAGGGCAUGGUGCCCCUUUGUGACGCGCUGAACAACAACAACACGAUUGAGAAGCUCAACUUGGAGGGGAACGGCUUUGGGGACGAGGGGGCGAAGAUCUUGGGAAAGAUCUUGGAGCAAAACGCGUCGAUCAAGACGCUCACGCUCAACAGCUGUACAAUUGCGGACGACGGGUGCAAAGCGAUCGCCGAGGUGCUGAAACGGAACACGACCAUCACGGAGCUGGAGCUGAACAACAACAUGAUCGACUACGAGGGCUGCGCGGCGCUCGCGGAGGCGGUGGCGGCCAACACGGCGUUGCGGAAGCUGCGGUUGAACGGCAACUACGGCGGCGUGCUGGGCGGGUCCGCGCUGGCCAAGGGCGUGGGCCUGAACACGUCGCUGCGGGAGCUGCACUUGCACGGGAACGGGAUCGGGGACGAGGGGAUGCGCAUCCUGGGGGAGGAGCUGCUGCGGCGAGAAAAGGACAACAAAAAGUGCCGAAUGACGACGCUGGACUUGGGCAACAACAACCUGAGCGCCAAGGGCGCGCGCGAGGUUGCGGCGUACCUGAAGCGCGCCAAGGGCCUGCAAUGGCUCAACCUGUACAUGAACGACUUAGGGGACGCGGGCGCGCAGAGCCUGGGGGAAGCGCUGGCGGGGACCAAGACGCUGGCGACGCUCGACAUCGGGGGGAACAACAUUCAGGCGGACGGGAUUGCGGCGAUCGCGGCGGCGAUCAAGGAGAACAAGUCAAUCACGACACUGGAACUGGGGUACAAUCCGAUGGGCCCGGACGGCGCCAAGGAACUAGCGGACGUGAUCAAGUUCUUCGGAAAUGUGGAAACGCUGCGGCUAGGCUGGUGUAAACUGGGGGUCAAGGGAGCGGAACACUUUGCGGAUGCGCUGAAGUACAAUGCAACGAUAUCCACUUUGGACUUGCGAGCCAACGCCAUUGGAGACGAAGGCGCGGCAGUCCUCGCGCAAAGCCUGCGGGUGGUCAACGAGAAGUUGGAGGUGCUUGACCUGGGGUUCAACGAAAUUAGGGAUAAAGGCGCUUACUCUUUGGCAGAAGCGUUAAAAGCGAACGGUCAGGCGGCAGUACAAAUGUUAAAUCUUACAGGCAACUAUCUUACAAAGUACGGACAAGUUGCUUUGAGUGAAGCCAAGGAUAUAGUGAGCGAGAUGAACGGUGGGAAAGAAGUAAACAUUGCCUGGUAAACUAUACUCGAGGCAAAGGAUCCCUUAAUCUGAACAUGAUGUUGAGUCGUCCGUCAACUUCAUUUGAUCAUUGCAAAGCAGUCAGAUGGAACAGGCUGAUUGGCGUAUAGGACUUUUUGGAAUGAGCUGCAUAUCACAGGCGGCAUGGAGUGUAUAUGCUAUUGGACGGCAUCGUUCAAUAUGCACAAGCGUA